AGGAUUUGAAUGGAUAGGGUGAUGGGCGUUUUUCACUGGAUAGGAAAUGCUGGCGAUACACAAAAGCCUUGUCUUCAAAAGCAUCGACUCUUAUCUUCUUGUGAGGAGAAUUGACAGAAGACUUGUUCCCAAAAUGACUAAAAGGAAAGAUCCGCCAGAAAGUUCAAGAACUCAGCAGCAACCCAUUUUCCCACAAAGGGUUUCCAACACAAUUCUGGCUAGGUCUGUGGUUGCUGUGGUUGGACUUGGCUUCAUUGAUGCUGGGUAUAGUGGGGAUUGGUCAAGGAUUGGAGUGAUCUCAAAGGAGGUUGAGGACCUGCUAAAGAUUGCUGCCUUUGUAGUUGUUCCUUUGUGUUUCUUUCUCAUAUUUUCUUUUUCCAAGGACUCUGCUGAGACUUGAGUGUUGGGUUGGGCAAGGAAGAUAGCAGUCUGAGUUAUAACAAAAUAACACUGCCAUGUAUUUGUAAUAAUUGCUUAAAAGUUCAAAAGCUACGACUCUACAAGUUAGCAGCGUACUGACAGAAAAGAAGGUACUGCCAGCAUAUACUUGAACCAUUGCACCCCCUGUGCAGUAUUCAAUGUGCUACCCAUCGUUACUGGAACUUUCUGCAAUUUUCCUUCUCAGGUAACAUGAAAGGGAAAAACCAAACUGUUGUUUUUU